AUGGCUGCUCCAACCUCAAACCCGAAGGGACGCAACCUUCUGGCCGUUAUCGGUGACGAGGACUCAGUGACCGGCCUCCUCCUCGCCGGCAUCGGUGAUGUCAACGAGAAGCAAGACAAGAACUUUAUGAUCGUCGACGCCAAGACGCAGACCUCCGCGAUUGAAGCCGCGUUUCAGGAGUACACGGAGGACCGGAAGGACAUUGCUAUUCUUCUCAUCAACCAGCAUAUCGCCGAACGGAUACGUCCCACUGUCGACAGGUACCAAGCAGCCUUCCCCGCCCUCCUCGAGAUCCCCUCGAAAGAGCAUCCUUAUGACCCAACUAAGGACUCUGUCCUGAAGCGCGUGCAGAAGCUGCGCGGUGACUGAUCUGUAGACCCGCAGGAUGAUCCAGAUGUACAGUUACUCGUGUAGUGAUACAGGAUUAGCCCACCUCUAUGAUACCGCCUCCUCAAGCCGCGCGACCUCUACGCGCAGCUCCUCUGCACGGUGCUCUAGCCCGCGCACCUCACCCUCCAUGGCUGUACACGCCAUUUCAAGCUGCAACGUCGAGGUGACAAGAUCAUUCCACCGGUUCUCGAGACGAGCCAGGUGCUCGCCUUGCGUCUCGUUGAAUGCCCUCCGUUGCCGGUUCACGUCCGUCACGUCCUCCUUGAGACCCGCCAGUGUCCCUUCAAGCUCCUUGGCCUGCGACGAGAGCUGGUAAUUGCGCACAAG